GCGCAAAUCACGGGCCCUCUCCUGUAACAGUAAUCCGCGCAGCACACGCCGCCACAGCCGCGGACCGCGUACGGUCGGCGGACGACCUUCGCUCUCUGGCGGCGCCGCAGAGCCCCGCGACCCGGCGCCCUCGCGGGCCGCCCGCGGCGGUGAGCGGUUCGGAACGGGGGCGACGGGGCCCAAUGGGUCCGCCGAUGGUAUACGGCCGCAUCCAGGCGUACCCGAGCGAGUGCAGCCAGCUGUGGGACCUCACCAACACCGAGUACGGCUUCUACGGUGGCUACGGCUGGGACCAGCCCGACCUGAUCGGGCUCCAUGAUCUCUGGAGCGCCCAGCCUCGCCUCGCCUCCUGCAUGAUCCAGCACAGCGCUGUGCCCAGGCCCGGUUCGCUGCAGCCGCCGCCCACCAAGAAGAUGCGGCGCAGGGUGGCGUCGAUGGCGCAGCGGCGCGCCGCCAACAUCCGAGAGAGGAGGCGCAUGCUCAGCCUGAACGAGGCGUUCGACCGACUGCGCCGCAAGGUGCCGACGUUCGCCUACGAGAAGCGGCUGUCGCGCAUCGAGACGCUCCGGCUGGCCAUCACGUACAUCGCCUUCAUGGGGGAGCUGCUCAGCGGACAGCAGGAGGGCGGCGAGCAGCACCUGAGCUGCCGGCCGCUGCCCACCCCCUGCUACCCCUGCCCGGCCGGGGUGCCCUUCAGUCAGCUGCGCUCCAUCUGAGCUGCCGGCCGCUGCCCACCCCCGCUACCCCUGCCCGGCCGGGAUGCCCUUCGGUCAGCUGCGCUCUACCUGAGCUGCCGGCCGCUGCCCGCCUACCCACCCCUGCCCGGGUUGACGUCUCUCCCUACUCCUUGCGGCUCCGAGUGUCCGUCAGUCAGCUGCGCGUGCUCUGCCCUCCGUGCUACUGCUUGCUGACGAUUGCGGGUGUUACAUUGUAGCUUCGCCCCGCUCAAAUCUGAACGGCGGUAGCGGAGUAGAUAACGCGAUGCGUCGUGCACCCGUUCCGCGGUCUUCCAAACACAGAAAUACGUUUUCAUGUUUGCUGUGAAGGCAUUUGUUGUGAGGAGCAGCUAGGCCUCGAUGCGGUGACGCAAUACGAGUGGACCAGAACGAUACGUUUUUAUAGUGUGAGUUUGCCUUGAUUGUGCUUAUUAUUCGUAAGAAUUUCUUUGCUCGUGCCAACAUCGACAUAAGUUUGCUUGUGCUGAUGAUGUUCACAACAUACAAUGCCAAUGGCAUAUAAAACACACGCAUUUUUUAUCCAGCGUCUGGUGCGUACAUGUACGACGCAGCCGAAGAAAGAUUUGGAAGGAAAG